AUGGCCGCAAACGAGAAAUCCACGACAUCCACGACACGGCCACCUGGGAAAAUUGAAAACUGCACUACGGAAUGGUCGGGGGCCGUCCGUGUCAAGGUGCUGCAGACAGGAAAGGCCGACGUGCCCAUCCUGCGGUGCGUGGACCUCAACUACGCCAAUCACAUCCGCGAGGCGGGCAGGAAGCCGCCGCCGUUCCCCUUCAUCUUCUUCAAGCCCAGCACGUGCGUGCACGACCACGGCGCCGACGUGGUCGUCCCCCAGAUCGCCCAGGACGACCAGGCCGACUACGAGGGGGAGCUCUGUUUCGUCAUAGGCCGGGACGCCAAGGACGUGUCCCGGGAGGACGCGCUGUCGUAUGUCGCGGCCUACACCUGCGGCAACGACGUCUCCUCCCGGAGGCUGCAGCGGGACCCUGCGUUUGCGGGCGUGAUACCGCAGUGGGGGUUCUCGAAGGGGUUUGACACUUGUGCGCCGCUGGGCCCGUGUCUCGUGAGGUCCGACUUUAUCGGGGAUCCUGCGAGGCUUGACCUUGCUACGGUUGUGAACGGGCAGGUGAGACAGAAGGAGUCUGUCGGGGUUCUUCUCUUCGACUGUGCUUAUUUGAUCUCGUACUUGUCAAGCGGGACUACUUUGCAGAAGGGGUCUGUCAUAAUGACGGGGACUCCCGGAGGUGUUGGAAUGGGGAUGAGUCCUCCGCAGUGGCUGAAGCCGGGGGACAAGAUCGAGGUAAAUAUCUCCAAGAUCGGGACCCUUCACAACGGGGUACAAUAUGCAUAA